CUGCUUUGGUCGCUGGAAGCACCCAACAGUGCACAACAGCGCACCACAAAGCAGCACAGCACAGCACAGCACAGCACAGCGCGUGACAGCCUAGCACAGCGCCCCACACGCGCAGACCCGGUGCUUGGUUGUCAGCACGGUGCGCCCGAUAUGGGGACCGGCGACGAUCAACUGGAAGCAACAGCAGUGCUGUCAGUCGCGUUGGCGGCUUUGCACCAGAUCCAAGAAGAGGAGGAUGGUUGCCGGCGCACAGCACGCUCGGUAUCCCAUUGGGAUGCUGUGCUGUUCGACGAGGAUUCGGAGGACGAGGAGGAAGUCGUCGGCCCGAAGGUUAAGAGGACACGACGCGUCACGGAGCGGAGGGAUUGGCGUACCUCUGCCUGGUGGGAGCAGCUUCAGGAUGUCGACCUCGCCGACCACACUACGGCCGCUGCAAGUGUUUCGAGGACGCUUUCCUGUACCUUACCCCUUCUUUCAAGAACUGGUCAAGCUGUCAAGGGAGAAGCGGUGGUUUUCGCCGGGGGAGAAGGAUGCAGCUAA